GAACGCGUUUUACCAGGUACCAAGAAGGGGUGCCCAAGGCGACACCACUAACACCUGAAUAGUCUAGAUGGCCUCGCACGAGGGCAGGAGAUGUGGAAUAACAGCCACUAUGCUAGCCUGAAGGUGCGAGGCAGCAUGACGAGGGGGGAGGCGGACUGAGUGAGGAUAAGGACGGACAUAAAAAUGCGUGCUCAGCACGGAAGGCGACAGUGCUGUAGUAGCGUGAGACACUAGAGAUAGAACGCAUUUCUGCCGCAUCCUCUGGUGUCCACUGCUCGCGUAGAGGGCUUCUUUAGAGUUUGCUUAGCGUGCGCUGCGAGUGCGUGUGGGAGUACCUGCAGCACAAGUGCCUUGCCGGGCUUCACAUGAGUCAUGACAAAUCAUAAGGAUAGAGCUUCACGGAAGAGGAAGAGAGCCGCCAUCGCGGCAUGUCGAGCACGGGCAGCAGCUGCAUUUUCACACCAUUCAAGGAAGGCGAAUUCGCCGGAGAGCAACAGAGAGCAACGCCAAAGCGCCGCCUGUACGCCAUGCUUGGACGACAGUGGUUUUGCCAGAGAGGAUGACGCAACGUCUGAAUACUGGGACAAUUUCGGCAUCGUCGAGGAGUCGCUGCCGGGCCUGAGUCUGGAGACAAGCGUCACAACUCAGCCAGAGGAGCCGAUCAUCACCGGAAGACGAGUUGUGUCGCUGGCCCAUUUCGUGAACGCUGUUCGUAGUCUCGACGACCACAGCUGUCCUAAGCUGACUGGACGUUUUGCACUCGUGAAAGAACGGAGAGUGGGGCUCUGGUCGGAGCUCACUUUUACCUGCAGUGAAUGUCAGGAAAUCAGAAAGUUGACGACUGACCCCGUCACAGAACCAACGUCCCUCACUGACAAAGCAAACGUAGGAGUCAAUGAUGCUGCUGUUUGGGCAUUCAUGAGUAUCGGAUCGGGCCACUCGCAGUUCGAGGAAGCAAUGGCAGUCAUGGAAAUUCCUGCUAUGAGCAAAGGGGCUUUUCUACACCGGGAGGAGUCCCUGGGAAAGGUAAAUAAGCUGAUAAAUAUUUAUUUUCUCUUUCUGAAGACGAUGAAGAAUGUGCUUUAUUUUUAG